AGUAGGUAUUCUGGGGCCAGCUCCUAUAGUGUCACAGUCACGGCAAAGAAUGUUCACAGCACACCAGUUACCACUUCGUUUAGUGGAAAUAUCGUGAUGGGCUCGAUAAAACCACUCUCACCAAACACCUUGUACAUUGUGCGCGUGGACGCCAUGGACUCCGACAACGUUCUGAGCAGCGGAAAGACAGAGGGGCUCACGGCUCCCGCGGUGUCAAAAAUCUACCAGGCCUACUCUAAACAGAGCGUGAGCAUCACGGUGGAGUUUGAAGUGAUGAAUGGAGCCACCCACUACAUCCUGCGGGCUCAGACCCUGGACGGGAAGUUCUUCUCUGAAACUGAAGUCAGCAACUCCCCCGGCACCGUGGAUCACCUGCAGCCCUACACCACCUACUCCCUGAACGUCUUGUCUGUCAACAGCGGAGGAAGAAGUCAGCCAUCUUUACCAAAAGUAGCCCGCACAGUGAUUGAAGCUCCUGCCAUGAACACCACCUCUCCCAGCAACGACACCAUCAUUGUGAGCUGGGAGCCGGUGGAGCACGCUGUGCUGUACAGCCUGUGUAUCAUCAUGCAGGGUUCAGUCAACCGCUUCAAAGUCAACACCACUGACACCACCUACACCUUCUCCAACCUGGAGUCCGGCACCUUCUACUCGAUCAAGGGCUACGCCUGGGACCCGGACGGCAACAUGGGCGAUGACUUUACCGUCCGUCAGAUCACACGGCCCUCCAAUCCAUUGGAGGUGGAGCUGUCUGUGACCGUCGGCCGGACCAUGGGUAUGUAUGUGCUCUGGUCAGAGGUUCAUGGAGCAGAAUCCUACCUGGCCCGCACCUCCACUGACCAAAACUGCAGCUCCAGCGUGGGGAACUACUGCCUGAUCACCACGCUCUCCUGUGGCCAGAACCUCACGGUCACUGUCACUGCAGAGAACCAGGCCGGCCCUGGUGUCCCGUCCCAGUCCGAGCCAUUCGUCCCCUGCCCAAGCCCACCUGAGUCUGUGUGGGUGGAGGAGACGGAGGCUGGCAUGUGCUCCUUCAUGUGGAGUGAGGUGGCCUUCGCCGAUUUCUACAUCGCCUACGUGAAGCAUGACGAUGGCUUGGAGGACCGCUGCAACACAACAGACACCUUCUGCCAGUUCCCCUGCCUUUGCGGCUUCACCUUCUUCCCCACCGUCUUCGCCUACAGCCAGGAUCGCCCCAGCCUGCCGGGACCUGUCCUCAAUUACACCACAGUUCCUUGUUGUCCAGAGGAUGUGUCUGUGUCACUGGUUUCCACGGAGACCCUUGAGAUCACGUGGAUGCCAGUGCGUGGGGCGGAGCUUUAUGAAACCAUAGCAGCUGACCAGAAUGACAUAAUCCACUGCAACGACACGGUGCCAGUGUGUGCCCUCUCUGACCUGCGGUGCAACAGCCGCUACAGAGUGGUGGUCAGACCCUGCAGUGAGAUCAGCGGCUGCAACAAUACAUGCAGAGUGCAUACACAGGAGACAGCCCCCUGUGCCCCAGAGAUUGUCAACAUCACCAAGACGGCGGUGUCGAGCGUGCUGAUCCAGUGGAGCGCAGCUAACACCGAGGCCAACUACACGGUGAGCGCGGUGGGUCGCACCAACUCACACAGCUGCCACUCCUCAGGCACGGCCUGUGAGAUCAGCGACCUGGCUUGCGGCACCACCUUCGAGGUCAGCGCCUACGCCAGGACCACCGUCGAACGCAGCCUGCCCAGCUUCUCACACACACUGGAGACAGAGCCCUGCUGUCCUGUGAACCUGACGGUAGAGCAGGUUACCCAGGCGAUGACCCAGGUCACAUGGUCAGCGGCCACGGGGGCUCGCUCCUACAUCACCUCUCUCAACUCGCCCAGAGGACACGCCAAGUGCCACACCAUGGACACGCACUGCAUCAUGGGAUGCAUUACCUGUGGUACCAACUACACUGUCACCCUGGAGGCCAUCAGCAAAACCGGACACAAGAGAGAGUGCAGCUACCAUGGCUUCUCCUCUAGUGCAUGUUGCCCUUCGAGCGUGAGGCUGUACCGCAUGGCCAACAACACACUGCGGGUGUACUGGCGCUCGUCAGGCAGCCUGCACAACUACGUGGCCGACCUGUACGGCACCAGCUCCAACUACACCUGCACCCCACCCAUGGGCUCCAACUACUGCGACGUGUCUGAGAUUGUCUGCGGGGAGGUGUACACAGUGGUGGUGGCGCCUCUGGCCCAGGACGGCACCAACAUCACCUUCUGCCCCAGGAGGAUGUACUCAGUGUCAUGCUCAGGAAAUACUCUCGGAAUGGUGAUCUACCGUGGAAAGAGGAGUGUUGAUUAACCAGAGCCAAACAACCCCAGGACCUACAGGAAGUCAACCAGUCAACCCUGACAAUUGUAGAAUAGGAUAUCUCUUUUCAUUUCUUGGCGUACUUUUUGUUGGAUUAUAUAUCUCAAUUACUUGCCAUCCAAACAAGACCUUUGUAAACUUUUGACACACAAAACUCUAGUCUGCAUCUUUAUGAAAAUUGGUUUGAAGUAAUCGAUAAUAAAUACACAAUAAAAAAACAAAAGAUUUACCCCAAGUAAGAAGCCUCCUCGGGAUGAUUUGUGAGGUGUCUUGGAAGUUUACAGCCGUCCUGAAAGUAGGAAAGUAAGAAAACAACGCAGUCUAGCUGUUUGCCUCCAGACACAUAUCAUUUGGAUGAUAAAGGCAGAUUGAAUUGCUUCAUGUGUAUGUUUACUGCUAGGACCCUGGUCCCUAGUAGUCUGAUCUCAA